AUGGCUCCCAUGGCCCCCAUACCUAAAAUUCCAUUUACCUGCCUGCAGUCCAUAAACUUAUUGUUUCUUCCCUCACCUCCUUUGCUCUUGUCCUACCACUUAGUGUCCCCCUCCCUCUGUCUUCUGAAAUGUAAGGAAGGCCACAGUGGACCAACCUAUGAAUCACUCCAGACUGUGAUAGACAGGAAGUAUUUUAGACCCGCAGUGAACCUCAGCAACCCCACCAUCAGCAACAUCUCCUUCACACUCUAUGCUGUCCUGGGUGUGGACGAGAAGGCCCAGAUUCUCACCACAUUUCUGUGGCUUCGACUGUACUGGGUUCACGAGUUUUUGGUGUGGGAUCCAGAAGAAUGUGAGGGGGUGACAAAGAUCUCCCUCCCAGUCAAAGACCUGUGGUCACCCGACAUCAUCGUCUACGAGUUUGUUGAUGAUGACGUCUCCCAGCAGUGCCCCUAUGUUUACGUCAACCACACUGGCCACAUCCGCUACGACAGGAUGCUGCGGCUCGUCAGCUCCUGCAACCUGGAGAUCUUCAACUUCCCCUUCGACAUCCAGAACUGCUCAUUCACCUUUGGUUCCUACAUGCAUACAAUCCGAGAUGUCCGCGUGAGCCCUGCACUGUCCUUCAGUGAGAUGUCUGAGAAUUCCAAGAAGUACCUAGAGGCCAGUGGGGAAUGGGAGUUGGUGAUCAUCCAAGGCGAGCCAGGCAUCCUGAAGUUUGGCAUUGACGAGUGGGAUAUCAUCACCUUCUGGGUGGUGAUCAAGAGACAACCCGUGCUCUACGUGGUGAAUCUGCUCAUUCCAAGCACCUUCCUUAUGGUCAUCGACAUACUGUCCUUCUACCUGCCGCCCCACAGUGUGGACCGCGCUUCCUUCAAAAUGACACUCAUCCUAGGCUACACUGUCUUCCUGCUUAUCAUGAAUGACCUGCUCCCCAGCACUGCCAAUGGGACGCCCAUCAUCGGUAUCUACUUCUCUGUCUGCCUGGCCCUCAUGGUGAUCAGCCUUCUGGAGACAGUCCUCAUCACCAACAUCCUCCACUCUAUGAAGUGUCACGAUGUCCCCCGCUGGGUCCAGGUGCUGGUGUUGGGCUACAUCGCCCGCCUCAUCUGCUACACUCAGGACCCUCCGGACAGACCAGAGGGGGAUUCGGCCAUGCCGCCCCCCUUGGAAGCCCCAGCCCAGAUUGUCAAUGGCCGCAGCGAACAUCUGAAUAGCUACAGCAUGGAUGUCGAUGCUCCUACUCCCAUCCCUCGCAUACCGGAGCUGGCACAGAUCUCCGCAGACCUGCGGCUGAUGCGCACACACCUGGCCAGCGUACAGAAGGAGAGCGUUCUGCACGAGCAGUGGUGUCACGUGGGUUACAUCCUGGACUUCAUGCUCUUCCGUACAUAUAUACUCAUUAUCUCGAUGUAUGCCUUCGUCAUCAUCUGCAUGUGGUGCAUCUGGUACCGCCAGUAGGCAUGCUGGGGAAACUGGACCUAGGCCUGCCAGUGGAAUGAGUCCAGUAGUCACACCCUUCGCUGAGUAUUUUACUGUUAUUUUAGCAAUAUAAAGCAUUGAUAAAUCCUGUCUUUGCAAAAGUGCCAGAGUGAUUUCUUCUCCAUGAGUUUGAAGGAAAAGUACAGUACACCAUGUAAUGAGAUCCUUUUCAACACCUUUGGGCUGCCACCUGGAUUUCCAAUUAACCUCCUUCU